UCUCCGCCUUCUCCGCCUUCUCGUCAGACGACUCCCGAGCCUUCUCCGCCUUCUCGUCAGAUGACUCCUCAGAGUUCGACAGAGAGUGAGCAUGAGGUUGAUGUGGAGCAUGAGGUUGAUGUGGAGCUUCAGGUUGAUGUGGAGCCUGAGGUUGGUGUGGAGCUUGAGGGUGAUGCUGGAGCACGACGGGAUGAGGUGCCAGUCCAGACAGAGGCACCGUUUCCAGGGGGGCCUGAUGAUCUGUCACUGUUGGUCCGUUACCCACAUCACGUUGCGCCGUGUCUGUGGCAUCAUAUUAUAGGCACCGACCCGCGUUACCCCGAUAGAGGUGUGUUGAAGUUUGCCAGCGCUGGGAUGAAGCUGGCAAAGCUGACAUGUGAGGGCGAGGGAGACGAUAUGAGCGCUGUUCGUCAGCGUGUGGAGGGGACCGGACUCUAUCCGCUCUUCAGUUGCACCUAUCUGGAGAUAGACACACCCCUUCUAUCUGCCCUCGUCGAGAGAUGGCAUGAGGAUACCAGCAGCUUCCACAUGCCAUUCGGGGAGAUGACCAUCACCCUGGAUGACGUGUCAUCUAUACUUCAUUUGCCGAUGGGUGAGAGGUUUUAUACUCCCGGACAGGCCAGCAGAGAACAGGCAGCGGAGACCUGUGUUCUGCUCUUAGGAGGGGUAGCCACGGACUACAUCAUGGAGUUUAAGGCGGUGAAGACCAUUGGCUUGCGAUUCGGGUUCUUGCAGACUCUUUACACUAGGGCUCUUGCUGAGCAUCGGCAUGACCAUGCAGCACGGAUGUGGCUACUUCACCUCCUCGGCUCGACCUUGUUUGCGAACAAGAGUGGAGGACACUACACUUCUGUCCAUUGGAUCGGCAUGCUGCAGCACCUUGAUCGGGUGUCAGAGUAUGCGUGGGGCGCCAUUGCACUAGCUACACUGUAUGAUGCACUUGGUCAUGCCUCACGGAGGAAGACCAAGCAGAUGAGCGGUUGUUCUUCCCUCCUGGUAGCUUGGGUGUUUGAGCACUUCCCACCCACCAUUAUUCAGCGGAUUGAGGUCCCCGAGUACACGGAGGACCAGCCCAGAGCGUGCAGGUGGAUGGAGUCCCGGGCUGGGCAUGCUGGACUGAUGGAGAGGCGAGUUCUCUUCGAUGAGAUGACGGCAGAGGACGUCAUAUGGACACCGUAUGAGGAGCACAGGAGUCACAGAGAGCUGGACGUCCGAGCUUUAUACUCAGGCUACAUCCGGACUCCCAUCCGGACGGCCGUGCGACCUCAUCUUCCUGAGCGUGUGAUGCGGCAGUUUGGGUACGUGCAGCCUAUCCCGCGACACCCAUCUGUUGUGAUGGGCAUGAGUUCUGCUGCGGAGGUCGUUGAUGCAGCAUACCAGGAUUAUGAGCCACACUUGAUUCCAGGGGGGGUCCCUAGUAUAGUGGAUGGAGCGGCAGUAGAUGAUUACCUGGACUGGUACACCGGUGUAUCUCACCGGUUCAUCAUCCCGGAUGAGAGUAGGGCCGAUCUCAGUGCUGUGGCUUCUUUGCGUCGGGCCGUUGAUUUGCUAGAGCAGGGACUUGAGGUCGACGACGGUCCCCCUAGAGAUACACGCUCCCGCACUUUAUUAGAGAAGUGCCUCACUGUCAUCAGAGACUUGAGCAGGACCCAGGGCGUCACUUUCGUUGGUGUACGAGGAGGCAGAGGUCGAGGCAGAGGAGGAGGCGGAGAUAGAGGAGGUGGCAGAGGCGGAGGCAGAGGUCGUAGGGGUAGGGUGGGUCGUAGGGGCAGGGGGCAGUGA